AAAGAGCCGCGUUGUCCAGCCCUGGUUUAAGUUACUCGAAAGUUGUGCAUCCCUCGCGAAAACUAUUGGGCAUGUCGGUGUCUCCCGUAAAACGACCGAAAAUUGGAAACAGCGACUGUCUGUCCUACCUUCAGAGCUUGGGAGAUGUCCGUCCUGAGGACGCCGCCCUGCAGCUGUCCCAGCGAAUCCGGGCGGAGGAAGAUGAGGCGGCACAGGCAGACACGUGCGGCGGCGCCAACCAAGCCGCCCUAAAUAUUAGUUUUCGCGUGUACUACCACAUAAUUCACAAGUAUGAGCUGCAGGACUUCCAUUUCGAAGAUCUCCCCCUGCGUUUAAACUGUGAGCAGCCCACUGCCUUUCUGAUGCUACAAUCCGUUCUCCUCACCGACCACUGGAAGCUCCUGGAUGCCUCGCUGCUGGAGGAGAAGUGCACCGCUGCCAUUAUUGAGGCUUUGCGGCGGAAUAGUCCCAGUCUGAUGGCCGUGCUUAAGGCCACCAACUUGCUAGUGAAGAAGUUCCCUAAACUGGAUCUCCUGGCCCUGCGAUUGGAGCACUUCUACCAUUGCCUGCAGCGCCAGACCCAAACUGGAUCUCGUGAGGAAACCCUGACGCUGUACAACCACUGCUGCAAGCAGAAAGAACGGGCCUUCUCCUACUUCCGCUUGAUCGUCGAGUUCUGGCCCUGGACGAAUCGCAACAAAUAUUAUCUGCUGAGUGGAGCACUCAACUCGCACCCACUGCCGGAGCUCCUGGCGGCAACUAAUCAGAGCGAAGAGGAGUUCUUCAAGGGACUUCGGCUCAGCCUAAGCUACAAGGGUCUCAGGGCUGCCAGUCAGUACCCGGUGAAGAGCUUGAGCAACCAGCGUUCACCCGAAUUACUGGCCGCAAGUGUGGACCUGCUCCUUACCGGCAGUGUUGCGGAAAUUCAGAACUUCCACUCGCAGUGGUUCCUGCGUAUUCAGCAGCGUGAUGUUCUGUUCGAGCUGCUGCAAGCGAAUCCUCAAAUCGUUGAGUUUCUGGCCUGUUCCGAUGAGUUGCGGUCCCCGGGCGAUCAGCUCCGCCUGAUCCUGAUCUUCAGUAUGUUCGCAAAGGAGAUAUAUGCUGCCUCAAAGCUGCACUUCUUUAAAAUCAGCACAGAGCUUUUGACCAACUGCAGCCGAAUGGAGACGGAGGCGCAGCUUUUGGUCUUUCGAUUUCUGGUUGACAAUCUGGGAAACUUUGCCGUCGAGGACUGCUUGGAGUUUUUCCACAGCUUUGUCGAACGACAUCGCAGCCUGGAGAGUUCAGAAUUCCGAAACACGAUGCUGGGGAAGAUGCCCACAAUUAUCAACCACACGGCCAAGCAUUUCCAUAAGGUACUCAAAGCGGGCAGCGGCGUGGGAGGCGAUGCCUUAGCGCAGAACAUCAAGCGAUUCUUUUCGCACCUGCAGAAACUUAUUGAGCGAGAUAUUCGCAGCGAGAUUUACCAACCCAAGAUAUUUGCUCUCAAGCUGCUCGAGAUUCUGAACAAGUCCUUAUAUGCCAAACAAGUGGCAAAGAAUGCCAAAAUGUGUAGCCCCCAGCAGAAUCAGCGGAUGGGGAUAUUUCUGUUGGAUCAAGGUGUUUUUCGGCCAAAAGAAAUGGCGCACCAACUUUUCGAAACCCUCAAUAAUCCUCAAGGUUUUGAUGAUGCUUUGGAGCUAACGGUAUCGCUGCUCAUUCAAAUGGGCCAAGUGAACAAUGAAAUGUGCGUGGAGCGUGUUCUGGAGCUGUGUCCAACUUCAGAUGUAGAUGAAUGUUCGCUGGUUUCACUCUACGCCCAAUUGGCGGUUACAAAUGAACAGUGCGGAAGAAUAAUAUUUAAUGAAUGCCUGAAACGGCUAACAGACACAUUGGAUUCAUUCUUGGAAGAUCCUUUGAAAACGGCCAAGGACCGAGGCCAUCUCUUCGGCUGUCUUCGCGGAUUGGAGGAAGUGAUCAAGGCAGGAGUUCCAGUGGAGUCGCCACUAGAAGACUUACUGCCUCUACUAGAGCGCAUCCUCAUCGGCAUCUUGAAAUUUCUCAAUUUGGCCAACGCCCGACGACAAGAAGAGGCUACGACAGCAGCUAGUUUUCAAGACAUGGACGAGAGUCUCCAGCUGCUGGUCAACGAGAGCUCCUCCAAGUCCGGAAACGAUGAGGAGGCCUGCCGAAAGUAUUUGCUGAUGAGUUUCUGGCUGACAUUGAAGGGCUGUUGCGAUCUAGCCACCAGCAUUGGGUGUUCUCUGCUACAGACCACUGCUAACAAAGUGAACUCUGAGGCGUUGCGUCGUUGCCUCGACAUUAAUGUGUCCGUUUUGACGCUUUGCCGUCACAAGGGAGCCAUCGAGGCUGCCGGUUUGAGCAUAGGCAGACUCACCCGUGGGAUCACCAGCAGCUUGGACAGCGACGAUGCGGGUUUCCAGAUGCUGCACGAAUGCCUGAAACGGGAGUUGCUGACUGAGAGUCGCCAGGUGAGCACCACACGUCGUGGUGCCGGCUUCGCCAUAAUGUUUCUGCACGUGCUGAAGAACGACAAUCCACGACAGCGGCUGCUUCUGCAUCGCGCUGUACUGCAAAUUCUUCAGAGGCUAAACGAAGGUGGUUCCGCGGAAAAUGUUUCCCUGGAUAGCAAUCACGAUCGCUGGGAGGCGCUGGUACUACAUUAUCUCUGCGUUCUGGUUCGCGACACGGAACUGAGGCCAGCUAUGAGCAAAUAUUACAAUGAGAUUUUACUGGUUGCCGUUGAGCACAUCGACAAUCCUGAGUGGACCAUCUCGAAUGCGGCACUGCAGCUGUUUGGCGCCAAUCUGGGAAAGCUGGUUGGCCAGCGCCAGGCUACGGAGUUCGAAACACGUCCCGCUUGGGAACCUAGUGAACUUGACUACGACGAGCUGGGCUGUCUGCUGCCCAAGGCCUGCGAACAUAUGUUGGAAUGCUGCGAUCGCCAGGAGGUUACCUCCUCUAUUAUACUCUUUUUGGCUUUCCUCUCGAAGGUGGAGCACUUGCGAACCUCGGGUGGCAAGGAGACAAAUCCCCUGCUACUCCGCUUCCGCCGAUUGAGCUGGAGUUUGUUGCGGCACAAAUGCGAUCAGGUGCGUCAAUUGGCAGCCACCUGUUUUGUGAGGUCGCACGAGUUCCGCUGCGAUCUGCCAGCAGCGCUGCUGGUCAGCGCCAAACUGGCAGCAAAUCUCGAAGAAGAGAACUUCUACGAGGGACUGAUCUACACCUUGACAUCGGGGGUGUUAAAACUCCAACACGAAGCGCGACACGUGUGGAGCGCGACGCGUCUGGAUAGGUUUUUUGACGAGCUUCUCACUUCGCUUGACAUAACGGAGCGAGUGCGUCGCUUCAAACCGUACACAUUGAACGUGCUUUUGGAACUGCUAAAGCUGUUGGGCAGCUCGGAUAAAGCUGCUCUAGUCGAGUCCCUCGGCUAACAUUAGCUAAUUUAGUUUUAUCUAAUCUAACAUUAAGCCAAAAAGUAAUCUUUCCUUGUCAACGCUUUUACAACUAUUCAAAUGACGCAUUUAAUGUUUGUACGCAGUAAACGAAACGAAAGUAUCUACCAAA